AUGGCGGAUCGACAACUCACUCAGUCGACUAUCGUCACCCUGCUAUCAAAGCUCAAUGACCCCGAUGCCGACUUGAGGUACAUGUCCUUGAACGACCUCUUCGGAAUCUUGAACAAUCAAAGCUCUGUUUUCCUGGCCCAUGACCGUGGCACAUCGACAAAACUCGCUGAGGGUUUGCUAAAAGCUCUCGAUGAUCAACAUGGUGAUGUGCAGAACAUGGCACUCAAGUGCCUUGGCCCGCUCGCCGUCCGCUUACCAGCCGAAUCCCUCACGCCUCUCCUGGAGCAGUUGGCCACACUGACUGCCUCCGAGACGAUAGACACAUCUGUGCCCAACACAGCGCUCCGCGUCAUUGUUGACACCCUACCACAUCCUCAGGCAGGUCAACCUGCACCCCAAAAUGUGAUCACGGCAUACACGGCGGUCUCAAAAGUCCUAGUUCCUCGUUUGACUGGCCCGACACCUUCCGCCUCCGGCAGACGAGGGUCAUUGGUGAGGAGUAUGAUGGAGAAGGACCCGUCUCGUGGGUUCAGCAGUGAUGCUAUUGAUGUGCUCAUCAAGGUUGUCACCUGCUUCGGGCCCCUUCUUCAGGAAAGGGAGCUCGACAGUCUCCAAAUCUCGGUCAUGGCCAUUAUCCGAAACGACACGGCCGGCACUGUGGUCACCAAGCGCGCACUGACUGCCAUUUCAGCGCUCGUCCUUUACUUCUCCGAUAGCCAACUCAACAACUUCGUAGCCACCCUGACCAAAACUCUUUCCUCCAACAUCUCCGUGGUGCAGCGUCGACACCUGAUUGCUGCCAUUGGCGUCAUCGCACGAACGGCUCCCGCCAAGUUCGGCCCACACCUGGACAGCUUGGCACCUUUUGUGUUCUCUGCGGUUGGCGAAGAAGACGUUGUGCCUGCCAAUUGA